CACUUCUGCAGAUAGGGCUGUCUUGAAUCGAUAUUCUCGUGCCCGACACAUGGCAGAGCCAAAUGCCCGAGGGCCUUUUUCACUCACCCAUGCUGUCAAUCUGGAAUCUAGUUCUACUCAACAAGGUCCGCAGAUUGAAUUGCAUCCUUCCCAGUUAAAAAGAACAACUUGUGACCACUGUCGUGAGCGCAAGGUACGCUGUGACCGGGAAAAGCCUGAAUGUGGCCGGUGCAAGCGAACCGGCCAUAGAUGCACUUAUCCAUCAACAAGUAGUGAGGCGUCCCGAAUCAACUCAGCAUUGCAAAAUCUUCAUGCCCGUCUUAUUCAAGCCGAGUCAAGGCUUCAGGAGCAGGAUGUUCCCCUCCGAUCGUCAGAAGUUUUCAUCUCUGAUGCUCAUUCAGAAUCGACUGGGGGCAUCCAUAGCACCCCUACUCAAAUUAAUAAUGUCGACAUGGUCGGUUCUGCUGCAUUAGGCGUUGAAUCAUGGGAGCCAUCUAUAGAUUUUAGUAUCUCGGAUGAUUUUCUUGAGAUUGGAGAGCUGCCAGAGUACCAUGAUUUACACUAUGACUUUCCUGCUCUGCAUAGAUCAGAAUCCGGCCGUCCGAGUCCCUUGCCCGUAGCUACAUGGAUUCCGGACUCAUUAUUAGAAGACCACAAGCCAGUACAUAAUUCAUAUGCUGGCAUUAAUAAUACAACUAGCCAGAUAUCUCCAGCUACCAUGAAGCAACUCGUCCAGGCAUAUUUUGAUAUUGUACAAAAGCACCUCUUAUUAAUUGAUCAAUCACGAUUCUUACAAACCACCUUUCCCUCAAAACUUCAUCAAUGUCAAGGGCUCAAAUAUGCAGUUGCUAUGUCUGGAGCAGGUGCAAGCAGCGACAUGGUUAAUCUAGAACAGCAUUGCUACACAAUUGCACGGCAACACCUUGAACUCGCCGAGACUCAGAUUGAUAAUUCUUCCUUUAUGAAUCUUGAAACAGCACAAAUGUUGGUCCUGAUCGCUCGUUUUGAGUUCACCCGAUUCAAUUCUCAACGAGCCCUGAUCACCAUGGCCCGGCUCAUGCAGCUGGUUAGCCUGCUGGAAUAUGAUUGCCUUGAUAAUGGAAAUUGUCAAAGGGGUCAGAACAGUAUCACAUCAUCCUUGCCACUCUCAGACCCGAGUUUCGCCAGGUUGCAAGAGAUGCAAUACACCUUUUGGAUAUCUUUUACGAUGCACUGUCACGCAGUGGACAUUUGUGCUAAAUGUAACCCUAUGGAAAUUGAUUUGAUCCGCACUGCAUUACCGUCAAACUCUAGCGGUCCCGCAGGUGAUGAAAAGACACUUACCACCGAUGUUGCAUCGCAUGUAAAUAUCAACCAACUCGAACCCUUUUCUCUUUUUAUACUCGCCAUGAAUCUUGUUGCAACUACUGAGAGCCACCGCCGCUUAACUGCUGCGAACGUGGCCAGAACCGGUGCCCCAGACUACAAUUUCUGCCUCGCUCACGAAAGAAUUGAAACCAAAAUCAAUGCCAUCCUCUCCGCCUUGUCCUCCUCUGCACUCUUAACCGGGCCAAGCAUGGAGCUGCACGCACCUACCCUCAUCAUUACGCUUGGUGCGCGCAUCAUUCUAUACCAAGCCGCCAUUUGCAAUGUGCAAAAGGCUCAAUUCUUGGGUCCCGUUGCCGGCGAGAGCCAGAAAAUGAUGGUCUCAACGGCAAACGCUAUGUGCGAUGUGUUACUGCAGACUGACAUGCUAAACCCGAACAAGGUGUCUAUGUACCGAGAGAUGAGCCUUUUCAUCAUGCAACCACUGAGCCUCGCCGCGGAGACUGAACUGAAUGCACUGCAGCAAAGUGCUCAAGGGGACGGGUUGAAUGUUUAUAACACCAAUCGGGAGAUUCGGCACUGCCUGGAAACCAUUUGUGGCGCCAUGGAGGCACUCAGUUACUCGACAAGCCAAUACGAAUCAUGUACUACCAAAUGUCGGGCCUUUUUGGAGAGUACUCAAUUUGAGAGUCGUUUCAAUAAGGAGUUUGGAAAUCAGCGACCGUCUAAUUAAUGUUAUGCCGGUGUGUUGGGAAAGCCUUUUGCCCUGUUUUUCUUUUUUUCCCUAUAUUUUCUCCUUAUAAAAAACUUUUAUAGAGGUACAGACUGUGAUUUAUCUAAGAAACAAUCCUUCU